AUGAUGACCAACGCCUCGUAUCAGAGUUUUGCGGAGAUCGGCGACGACGCCAACCACGUUAUGAUACAUAUGCUGCCCAACGAUGGCCGCCAUGGGUUGCGAUCGUGGCAGCGAUACAUUCAUGAUUUGGACGACUUCUUCGCCAAAGUGUAUAAAUACCAUCAAAAGUCUGGCUUCGCGUGUAUUGUUAUCAGCAAUAUCUUAGAACUCAUUCAAAUACUAUUCAUUAUAAUAUUCACAAUAUUUUUAUACCAUUGCAUUGAUUACGAUAUACUGUUUAAGAACAAACUGCCUGACGGUGGCAGCAACACCAGUAAAGUGACCAUCAGUGAUGUGCUCAUACCUUACCAUUUAAUGACGUUCAGUCUGACAGAAGUAUGUCUCAUAAUAAUGGCCCUAUUGUUUUGGUUCUUUAAGCUGUUCCGCGCUAUACGAUCGGCAUUUAUCAAUCACGCCAUCAAAUCGUUUUACAGCGAAGCCCUUCAUGUAAGCGACUCAACGCUCUUCACGUGGCAGGACAUCCAAAGCCGACUAAUUCAAGCACAACACGUCUGUCUCCUACAAGACGGACAACUCAAUGAGUUAGUCAUCUAUAAUCGUCUCCUCCGUCACCACAACUAUAUGAUAGCUUUGGUCAACAAAGGCUUACUUCCGAUUCACUAUAAGGUGCCCUUCAUUGGAGAACUCAUAUAUUUGAGUAAAGGAUUGCAAUGGAAUUUCAAGCACUUGUUAUUCAACACCUCUGUAUUUGAGAACAAUUAUAAGUUGAAUAGCGAUGUGAAGAGCGCCAGCAAUCGGUUGUUGUGCGCCCAACAGUUUGAAAGAGAUUGUCUCAAAUAUGCUUUCGUUAACUUACUCUUCUGUCCGGUGGUUGCCUUUUGGCAGUUGUUAUACAUUAUCUAUACUUAUGCUGAAGCGGUUAAACGCGACCCAUCCAUGGCAUUGGGUUCCAGGGGUUGGUCUUUGUAUGCGAAAUGGUUUUGCAGACAUUUCAAUGAAUUAGACCAUCAGUUAGACGAACGACUCAACAGCGGCUACAAAGCGGGCACAAAAUACAUGAACUCAUUCACGUCACCCAUACUUGAAGUGUUGGCCAAAUUUGUUUCAUUCAUCGCCGGAACCAUUGUUUCGGUUCUCAUUAUUCUAACCGUUUAUGACGAGGACGUGAUGACCGUCGAGCACGUGAUCACUAUUGUCACACUAUUGGGCGCUCUCAUAGCCAUGUCUCGGGCAUUCAUAUCAUCUGAAAUCCCCUCACGUUAUACUCACGCAGAACUAAACGCCAAAGUUUUGGAGCACAUCCACUACAAGCCUCACGGAUACGCUCCCUAUACGAGUCAAGCGCGGAAUGCAAUGUCUAAUGUUUUCCAGUAUAAAAUCGUCGGCAUUUUAGAAGAAUUGAUUAGUCCUUUGGCGACGCCUUAUAUCCUAUUCCGACACCUGAGGCCCCGAGCGCUUGAAAUUAUCGAUUUCUUCCAUAACUAUACGGUUGAGAUCACAGGAACGGGUGAUGUUUGCACUUUUGCUAUGAUGAACAUCAGAGAGAAUGGCAAUCCUCUCUGGAAACCUAAUGUGUCCAGUCUUUCAGCAAACGAUCAAAAGGGCAUUAAAGUGGAUGACAUCGUGACGGAUAUACCGCCGCUCUCUACCAGAGCCACAGAAAAUGGCAAAUUAGAGUUAAGCCUAAUUCACUUCAAACUAACGAAUCCUAAUUGGAGUCCAAACAACGACUCGCAGAAGAAGUUUAUCGAUAAUAUCAAAUCGAAUUGCGCUCCCAAUGAAAGUCAAAUGAUGGGCAGAAGUGGUCUCAACUCUAGUCUCCGAUUGAGUUCAGUGACGGACGGCAAUACUCCGCCGCCCUCUGACUCCAGUUCUAGCAAUAAAGAGCACGACAUCGAAACCAAUGCCUAUCGUAACGAAAGGGAGCGUCUGUUGAACGCCAUCUCAAACAGUGUGACAGAACGCGAGGAACGGGCGGCUGCCAUGUCUUUGAGCUCAUUAUUCUUACACCAGUUUGCGUCCAAUAGUAUUAAUAGAUCGCGAGCCGAACAGACAGAGUCACACCCACUCCUACCAUCCCAUCCACACACCGAUACUUCUGGCCAUUAA